UCAUGGAAGGCAUAAUAACAUUUAUGAUGAUGAUGUUGCAGGUUGUUGUUUCUGCUCAAGACCAUAUUAUGUGCAUUCAGACUGAGAGGGAAGCACUCCUCCAAUUCAAGGCUGCCAUUGAGGAUCGCUAUGGCAUGCUCUCUUCUUGGACCACUUCUGAUUGCUGCAAAUGGGAAGGGAUUCGCUGCAGCAACCUCACCGGCCAUGUUCUAAUGCUCGACCUUCAUGGUGAUCUGUUUAAUGAUGUCCCGCAACGUUAUAUGAGAGGAGAGAUCCACAAGUCGUUGAUGGAGUUGCAACAAUUAAACUAUUUAAACCUCAGUUGGAAUUAUUUUUCAAACAGAGGAAUCCCAGAGUUUCUUGGUUCUCCCAGCAACUUGAGAUACGUUGAUCUGUCAUAUUGUCGUUUUGGCGGGAAAAUUCCAACUCAGUUUGGCUCUCUUUCUCAUUUGAAAUACUUAAAUCUUGCUGCGAAUUUUCUGGAGGGUUCAAUCCCACGUCAACUUGGAAAUCUCACCCAGUUGCAGCAUCUUGAUCUCAGCUACAAUUCUUUUGAAGGAAGUAUACCGUCCCAACUUGGGAACCUUUCAAAUUUGCAGAAGCUUUAUCUUGGAGGAUCAUAUUAUGAUGAUGAUGGUGCUCUCAAAAUUGACGAUGGAGAUCAUUGGCUGUCUAAUCUCAUUUCCUUAACCCAUCUUUCUUUCGACUCCAUAUCUAAUCUCAACACUUCUCAUAGCUUCCUCCAAAUGAUUGCCAAGCUACCAAAACUUCGAGAACUGAGUUUAAUUGAUUGUAGCCUUUCCAAUCAUUUUAUCCUUUCACUGAGGCCCUCUAAAUUCAAUUUUUCUAGUUCCCUUUCCAUCCUUGAUCUUUCCUGGAACAGCUUCACGUCAUCAAUGAUACUCCAGUGGCUGUCCAACGUCACUUCCAACCUUGUUGAGCUUGACCUUAGUCAUAACCUCUUGGAGGGUUCCACAUCAAACCAUUUUGGCCGUGUAAUGAAUUCUCUUGAGCACCUCGACCUCUCAGAUAAUAUAUUCAAGGGUGAGGAUUUGAAAUCCUUGGCGAAUAUAUGCACCUUACAUUCUUUAUACAUGCCAGCAAACCAUUUGACUGAAGACCUUCCAUCAAUCCUUCAUAAUUUGUCUAGUGGUUGUGUUAGACACUCAUUACAAGAUUUGCAUUUGUCAGAUAAUCAAAUCACCGGCUCUUUACCUGAUCUUUCAGUAUUCUCAUCUCUAAAAACAUUGGUUCUCAAUAUGAAUCAAUUAAGUGGAAAGAUACCUGAAGGCAUCCGCUUACCGUUUCAUUUGGAAUUUUUGUCAAUCCAAUCAAACACUUUAGAAGGUGGAAUUCCAAAAUCAUUUGGGAAUGCAUGUGCUUUGCGCUCACUGUAUAUGUCUGGUAACAAUUUAAAUAAAGAGCUUUCGGUGAUAAUCCAUCAAUUGUCUGGGUGUGCCAGAUUCUCUCUGCAAGAAUUGAACUUAAGAGGAAAUCAAAUCAAUGGUACGCUUCCUGAUCUUUCAAUAUUUUCUGCCUUGAAAACAUUGGAUCUUUCAGAAAAUCAAUUAAAUGACAAAAUUCCAGAGAGUACCAAAUUGCCAUCUCUGUUGGAGUCUUUGUCAAUCACUUCAAACAUUUUAGAAGGUGGAAUUCCAAAAUCAUUUGGGAAUGCAUGUGCUUUGCGCUCAUUUGACAUGUAUAAUAAUAGCUUGAGUGAAGAGCUUCCAAUGAUAAUCCAUCACUUGUCUGGAUGUGCCAGAUUCUCCCUGCAAGAACUGUACUUAAGUGGAAAUCAAAUCAAUGGUAUGCUUCCUGACCUUUCAAUAUUUUCUUCCUUGAAAACAUUGGAUCUUUCAGAAAAUCAAUUAAAUGACAAAAUUCCGGAGAGUACCAAAUUGCCAUCUUUGUUGGAGUCUUUGUCAAUCACUUCAAACAUUUUAGAAGGUGGAAUUCCAAAAUCAUUUGGGAAUGCAUGUGCUUUGCGCUCAUUUGACAUGUAUAAUAAUAGCUUGAGUGAAGAGCUUCCAAUGAUAAUCCAUCACUUGUCUGGAUGUGCCAGAUUCUCCCUGCAAGAACUGUACUUAAGUGGAAAUCAAAUCAAUGGUACGCUUCCUGACCUUUCAAUAUUUUCUUCCUUGAAAACAUUGGAUCUUUCAGAAAAUCAAUUAAAUGGCAAAAUUCCAGAGAGUAACAAAUUGCCAUCUUUGUUGGAGUCUUUGUCAAUCACUUCAAACAUUUUAGAAGGUGGAAUUCCAAAAUCAUUUGGGAAUGCAUGUGCUUUGCGCUCAUUGGACAUGUCUUAUAAUAGCUUGAGUGAAGAGUUUCCAAUGAUAAUCCAUCACUUGUCUGGAUGUGCUAGAUAUUCAUUGGAACAAUUAGAUCUAAGCAUGAAUCAAAUCAACGGCACACUACCCGAUCUCUCAAUAUUCUCAUCUUUAAGAAUAUUAAAUCUUGAUGGAAACAAGCUAAAUGGAGAGAUUCCUGAAGAUAUUAAAUUUCCACCUCAACUGGAGAUACUAGAUAUGCAAUCAAAUUCCUUAAAGGGUGUGCUCACUGACUAUCAUUUCGCUAAUAUGUCUAGGUUAGACUUAUUGGAGUUAUCUGACAACUCUUUAUUGGCCUUCGCAUUUAGCCAAAAUUGGGUCCCACCAUUUCAGUUGACAAACAUAGGAUUGCGAUCUUGCAAACUAGGUCCAGUAUUUCCCAAAUGGUUGGAGACACAAAAUCAAUUUUUGUAUAUUGACAUUUCAAAUGCUGGAAUUGCAGAUAUGGUUCCGAAGUGGUUUUGGGCUAAUAUAGCAUUCCGAGAAUGGAUUUCAAUGAAUAUUUCAUACAAUAAUCUCCAUGGUAUAAUUCCAAAUUUCCCAAUAAAGAAUAUUCAAUAUUUCCUAAUUCUUGGACCAAAUCAAUUUGAUGGCCCUAUUCCACCAUUUCUCCGAGGUUCCAUGUUUCUUGAUUUAUCCAAAAAUAAAUUCUCAGACUCUCGUUCCUUUUUAUGUGUGAAUGGUACUGUUGAAGCUUUAUACCGAUUAGACCUUUCAAAUAAUCAUUUCUCUGGAAAAAUUCCGGAUUGUUGGAGCCAUUUCAAGUCAUUAUCUUAUUUGGACUUAAGUCACAAUAAAUUUUCAGGAAGAAUACCUACAUCCAUGGGAUCUCUUUUUCAUCUUCAAGUAUUGCUAUUGAGAAACAACAACUUAACAGAUGAGAUACCUUUCUCCUUGAGGAGCUGCACAAAUCUAGUAAUGCUCGAUAUUGCAGAAAACAGAUUAUCAGGGCUUAUCCCUACUUGGAUUGGGAGCAAAUUACAAGAGUUGCAAUUUUUAAGUUUGGGAAGAAAUAAUUUCCAUGGAAGUUUACCUUUGAAAAUUUGCUACCUAAGUAAGAUUCAACUCUUGGAUCUCUCACUAAACAACAUGUCUGGGCAAAUUCCUAAAUGCAUAAAAAAUUUUACUUCAAUGACUCAAAAGACAUCUUCAAGAGAUUAUCAAGAUCUUUCAUAUUUUGUCAAUACCAGUUACACUUCAGGUCCUCAAGCAUAUCAUUUGAAUGCACUCUUGAUGUGGAAAGGUUCAGAACAAAUGUUCAAAAAUAAUGGGUUGCUACUUCUAAAAAGCAUUGAUCUCUCAAGCAAUCACUUUUCUGGAGAAAUUCAAGUGGAAAUAGAGAAUUUAUUUGGAUUGGUUUCAUUGAAUUUAUCAAGAAACCAUUUGACCGGAAAGAUUCCUUCAAAUAUUGGAAAGUUAACAUCACUUGACUUUCUUGAUUUGUCAAGAAACCAUCUAGUUGGUUCAAUUCCAUGGAGUCUUACUCAAAUUGAUCGACUCGGCGUGUUAGAUUUGUCACAUAACAAUCUAUCUGGAGAAAUUCCAACUGGUACACAAUUACAGGGUUUCAAUGCCUCAUGUUAUGAAGAUAAUCUUGAUCUUUGUGGACCGCCACUAGAGAAAUUGUGUAUUGAUGGGAAGCCUGCACAGGAACCAAUUGUUAAACUUCCUGAAGAUGAAAAAUUGCUCUUCACCCGUGAAUUUUACAUGAGUAUGGCAAUUGGAUUUGUUAUAAGCUUCUGGGGCGUCUUUGGCUCAAUCUUAAUAAAGCGUUCUUGGAGACAUGCUUAUUUCAAGUUCAUAAGCAAUUUAUCAGACGCUAUUUAUGUCAUGGUAGCAGUGAAAGUUUUCAAGUGGCGUCACAGAGGAUAG